UGUCGGAGUCGCCCGCACUCUUCGUCGCUCACCUCAAACAAACUUAAAAACUCACUUUCCGCCGCCGGAAACUUGUUCCACCUUUUCAAAAAAACUGCUGUUACAACAUCGUUGCAGCGCAAGAUUCACUACUAAUGAGUUUCAUUGAACUUUUGUGUGAACUUUACUGAAUGUACGUGAGAUAACUUCGACACAACAAAACUUUGAAAUAGUUUGUUGUAAGCCCUCGAUGGUUGCCGUGUGCAUGUGUCAACUUUAAAGUCAUGGCUGAACGAAGUUCUUGCUAAACCGGUAGAUUCCGACAGGAAGUUCGGGCUUAAACACGGGCGGUGUUCAUAUUAUGAGGCUCAAUGUUUAGAAGGGGCUCGAAGGCUCCAAUAGUGCGAGUGGUGCUGACCGCCCGAGCCUGGAGGCGAGUGCCGAUGAAGUUGCUCAAGUGGGGAAGGAAGAUGCCGUCCACAAAGCAGUAUAAUCUAGUGCCAAAUGAUGAGUAUGAUACGAGGAUCCCUUUACAUCCUGACGAAGCUUUCUCUUACGGGAUCACUUUUCAGGCGAAGUACAUCGGUACGAUGGACGUUCCUAGACCCACCAGUCGCGUUGAGAUUGUCGCUGCUAUGCGUCGAGUCCGAUACGAGUUCAAGGCAAAAGGCGUGAAGAAGCGCAAAGUGACAGUGGACGUGUCGACUGAUGGGGUCCGAGUCACCACCAGAAUAAAAAAGAAUGGCAAGUUUCGAUUGUUCCAGAAGACAUCUACAUCUAAACUAUUUGGCCGCAGCAAGAACACAGUGGCUGAGGGUAUCGAAAUCAUGCAUCACCCUAUUUACCGUAUCUUCUAUGUCUCGCAUGACAGUUCCGACUUGAAGAUCUUCUCUUACAUUGCAAGGGAUGGAGCGACCAACGUUUUUAAGUGCAACGUUUUCAAGAGCAACCGUAAGAGCCAGGCAAUGAGAAUCGUGCGUACCGUAGGCCAGGCAUUUGAAGUAUGCCACAAGAUGCAAGUAAACAUGCCGGAACAACCAGUGCCGUCCACUUCAUCAGCCAUCGACGAGCCAGUUCCCACUGAACGAACGAGUGACGUAGCUGCCUCCAAAGAAGGAGCAUCAGAAUGCGGUGCUUCGGAGUCAGGUGCUGUUUCUGCUUCAAAAAUUGCUGUGGAAGAAGGCGCUGUUGGCGGCGAAGAACCUUCCCGACCAAAACACCUUGACUUGUUGCCUCCACCACCGAGGAAGGACGGCGGUAAAAAAUCACCACUGCGCACCACUCCAGCACCGAAUAUCAAUCUUCCGGAGCUACCUGAAUGCAUCACCAAGUUAGAAUUAUCGAACAUUGAGGGAGAUACCUCAACGCCACUCAGUGCUCAGCAUCAACUACAGUUACUAAACGAGAGGCUGGAACAGCAAGCGCAACAGACGCGCGCCGCUGUCGCGCAGCUGCUGUUGCUGCGGGAUCAACUUGCUGCCGAACAAGCCGCUCGCUAUGAAGCCCAGGCUCGAACUCACCAGCUGUUAGUUCACAACAAAGAGUUAUUGGAGCAUAUUGCGGCGCUGGUCGCUCAUUUGCAAGAGCGUGAACGCGGGUCGUCCCGACCUAUCAGCGCGCAGCAACUUACUCUCUUGCCACAGUUAUCUUCAAAAGCAAAGAUAGACCGGUGGUUCUCGCUGCUUCCAACAACACCAGCGCUUUCGAGACCUGAGAGUGGAUUUGUUUCCGGAGUGGAAGAUGGUGCUGAUGCUGCUACCCUCGCUGAGGCCAGGAACCUUCUUCUUCAAUUGGGAGCCAAGAAAAAACGGCGCCUCCUGCCUUUACGCUUCACUAGACGAAAGAUCUUAGUUAAUAAACAUUCGUUGCUAUAAUGUCCAAUUCAACUGCCGUAUGUUGUUCGAAGUGCCUUUAAAUAAGUCCGUAUGGCUUUGUUAUCGAUUUCGUUCCCGCUUUACCACGUCACAGAUUAAGACCUUGAAUACUAAACAUAUCGUUUUAAAUCUAAGUUUGAAGUUUCAGCGUAUGGUUUAUAUAUACGUAUAUUGUUCAUACUUUUUGGGGGGCCUUGGCUUGAGUUUGAGUCACGGAAAACAUAAAAAUUGCUAGCCUGUAACGUAGAAAACUCGUUUAAGGGAACAGAAUGUAAAAAUUUUAAGUUUUCGUUUGUCACACUUUCGUUUAUCGUCGCAACUUAUUAGACGGUUUAUCAUAGAUCGUGUCAGUAAUUUAAUUUAACAGUUGAUAAACUACGCAAAAUGACAGAAGUUUUAAAUAGCAGGAGCAAGGCCAACAAUCGUGUGGUCCGUAGGAAUAGUCUGUCAUAAUCCCAACUACAACGGACACUAAAUGAAAUGACACUUGAAUAAUGUACGCAUCGCCUUUAGUGCAAUUUUCACAUGUUAAGCAUAGUAUUAUACCAUAAUUGAAAAGUAUUAUUACAAUACAUACAACUAACGUAUGUAAUAUGUACGUUUACCUCACACGACGAGCGGUAUCAAUACGUCAUUAACAUUGUAGUGGAAAAUGGUCUCAGUAGAAUUCUUGUAUGGUGCUUUUGAUAGGUCACAUUUCUUAUUUUAGUUUACAAAACGUCGUAAUUGCAGUUUAUCAUAUUUUUCUACGACAUAGAUAUGGACAGUACCUACUUACCAUUAUGUACGUGGAUGUAAUUAAUAAAAUAUACAGUGUUCCAUCGUAAGAAUCGGGCUUAUUUAAUACUACAUUUUUGUAUGUAUUUUCUUCUCUUGCUUUUUUUUUAAACGGCUAUCUGUUUCUGAACGUUAUAGUCUCAGACAUGAUUUAUUAUGCUCUAUGACGAUUAAUAAACACCUAUACAUCAGGAGGGCGACCGUCGAUCUCAAAGUCAUUAAUCGUAAACAGUUUUUCAUCGCAAAAAAUAAUUUUUCAUAGCGCCGACGCCUUAUCGUUAUCGUUAUUUAGAAGUCAAAACUGGCAUUUCUUACAUUUCUGCGAUUUUGUCGCACUUUUUAAAUUUCAUCUCAUUCUAGUGUGUGUUAAAUAUGUGGAAUUCAUUGACCUAUUUGUUGUUAAGUCAAUGGUGGAAUUAUAAAGUUAUCAGAAUCUGAGUGUAUGCGGGAAAAAAGUUUUUGUUUUUCCAGUUUUUACACAAACUAAUUUUUAUAUGUAUAUUUUUUAAG